AUGUCAUUACCUAGUAACUUAAAGAAUCUCUAUGCUGAAUGGUUACAAGAAUUUAUCUCUGCAUUAAAUCCCAAGCAGGAGCAGUUAACUCUGACAUAUGAAAAGGCAAGACGCAAUCUGUUAGACGUCGAUGACACCAUAUAUUAUCCCAGAGACCUUAAAAAGGUCAAGGGGAUUGGUGAUACGAUUAUGAGAAGGCUAGAGAAGAGAUUAAAGGAAUAUUGUGAUGAGUUAGGGGUCGAAAUGCCUCAACCUGCCGCUAGUGCAGCGGCUCGUGGUACUAAAAGAGGUACCACUACACUACGAUCUAAUAUUACAGAUGUCAUUGGUGGUGAACCUCCUCCCAAGAAACUUCGAAAAUACAUUCCCAAGAAGAGAUCUGGUGGAUAUGGAAUCUUAUUGGCACUUUUGGAAGCCAAUGCUGUAAUACCAAAGGGAAUUAGCAAAGAUGACACGAUUGGUUUGGCGCAAAAAUACUGUGAUCAUAGCUUGAGCCCUAACUUUGCCACAAAGGAGUUUAAAGGUGCUUGGGCUUCCAUCACUGCCUUGAAGAAACACGAAUUUGUAUUUGAAGAAGGAAGACCUAAACGGUACUCUUUGACAGAAGAAGGCGUCAAUAUGGCCAAGAUUCUGAAAUCUACAGAUGAUAUUAAAUUUCCUCGAGAAUUGGAAAACUCACAAAAUGUAGCGGCUGAUGGCGAGAAGGAUGCAGCGGUUGAUGAAUAUGAAUUUACAGCAAAUUAUAGUGAAUUGUUGGGUGUUGAAGCACCUUUUGAUGAGGAACUGUCGUUUGAUAGAGAUAAAUCUCUUUUAGAUAUAACAUUUCAAGAUUUGGAAUCUACCCCAAGGAUAAGAAAAACCGCCAAAUCAACCGCGGGUACUGGGCAUUCUUCCCCAAUUUCAAGCCAAUAUAGAAGUCUAUCAGCACCCGCGGGUGAAACCUUCACACCAGAAACUAAAGCAUUGAGGAGACGGUUUGGGGGUACGAGUUAUGAAUUAUGGACGAAGGGUAGUUAUGAAAUUUUCCCCAUUAUAGAUCAUCGUGAAGUUAAAUCUCAAAGCGAUAGAGAUUUUUUCCUCAAGGCUUUCAUUAGAAGAGGAAUGAAAAGCGAAGUACGACAGUUAGCAUUAGGUGAUAUCAUUUGGAUUGCAAAGAAUAAAAAAAGUGGGACUGAGGCAGUCUUGAACACUAUCAUCGAACGUAAAAGGUUAGAUGAUCUCGCCCUUAGUAUUCGAGAUAAUAGAUUUAUGGAGCAAAAGAGCCGUUUAGAUAAGACAGGCUGUAAAAACAAAUAUUAUCUGAUAGAAGAGACCAUGAGUGAUGUGGUGGAAGGUAUGACUGAAGCUCUGAAAACUUCUAUCUGGCUUAUCUUAGUGUAUUACCGCUUCUCCAUUAUUCGAACGACAAAUUCGGACGCUACCGUGGAACGAUUGCAUUCUCUGCAUACCGUCUUACAAGAGGAAUAUUCUAAUAGAGAUCUACUGGUUAUAAAUCCUCAUAAUCUACAAAAUCAAGAUGAUUACAGAUACGAAUUGGAAAAAUUCCGUCGAGAAUUUGAAAAGUCAAAAACUAUUGAAUGUUGCCAUAAUUUCCAAUGUUUCCAAGAAAUCCUAGGUAAAGGUGAAUUAUCCACGAUUGGUGAACUCACUAUCCACAUUCUUAUGUUCAUCAAGGGAAUAUCGAUUGAGAAGGCCGUAGCGAUUCAAUCCGUUUUCCCUACACUAAAGCAUAUUUUAACCGCUUAUGCAGAAUGCGAAUCACCAGAGGAAGCCAAGCUACUUAUGUUCAAAAAAUUUGGUAAUGCACCUGGUGUGAAAAAAAUUAGCAAGAAUCUUUCAGAAAAGAUUGCAGAUGUGUUCAAUAAAAUUUAA